CUGUGUGGCAAUGCAAACAUCCUUACUAUGCGUUUUGUUUCCUAAGAGGGGAGUGCUUGAUUAUUGAAUGGGCUGACAUGAAAAGCGUCACUUUCUCAAUUCAAAUUCUCUUCAUUCAUUCUCCAUUCGCAUUAAUCGUUCCCACACUUUUCUAAGCAAUUUUAUCAUGGGUUUGACAAAAACCUUCCCGGAUGGCUCUACGCCUACUGUUGCCAUCAUUGGUGCAGGACUCUCUGGGAUUUGCGCAGCUAUUCAGCUACAACGAAAGCUCCAAUUGACAACGUACAGAGUCUUCGAAUUAGAGUCCGAUAUUGGCGGCACCUGGCUCAACAAUACCUACCCUGGGUGCCAGUCCGAUGCUCCCGCCCACCUUUACAGCUAUUCUUUCGCUCCCAACUAUGAUUUUUCCAAGAAGUUUGUCCCCCAGUCCGAGGUUCUGGCCUACUUGCGAGCCACUGCGAAGACUUUUAAUAUCUAUGAUAAGAUUCAAUUCCGCGCCCAGGUCACAAGUAUGCGAUGGGACGAAGGCCGUAACAAAUGGAUCUUGCGCUGGGUAAAAGUCCCUGGAAGUCAAGGCGAAGCAGCUGAAGAUGCUGAUGGCAGUCUCGAUCAUCAAGCUCAAGUGGAGAAUAUAUAUGAGGCGGAUGUAGUCCUUCAUGCGGCCGGCUUAUUGCGGUUGCCUAAAAUCCCAGAAGAGUUUGAGGCAUUCGAUGGUCCCAAAUGGCACUCGGCUCGCUGGAACCACUCGGUCGAUUUGACAGGGAAGCGUGUUGGCGUGGUUGGAGCAUCUGCCAGCGGCAUUCAGAUCGUGCCUGCCAUUGCCAACAAAGUGCAGUCUCUGCAAGUGUAUGGACGCUCACCAUCACACAUCACACCUCAACUCAAUUACAGCUACAAUCGUAUCUGGAAGUUCUUGUUCCACUAUGUUCCCUUCUUCUACACACUCUACCGAGUGUUUUGGUAUUAUUACGUUGACUCGACUAUACUGCUAUAUCAUAAGUUGGCCUGGUAUUCUGUCUUUCAUCGAGCCAUCGUCUACUUUGUCACUUGGUUUCACCGUUUCCGACAGUUUCCCUUUGAUCGUUCAAUGAGAGAAAAGCUUACACCACGUCAUGAGGUUGCUUCCAGGCGUGUGGUCUUGUCCGAUACCUUCUUCCCAGCACUCAAGCUCCCCCAUGUGCAUUUCCAUCAAGAUCCAAUUGUCAAAGUCAGUGGCAAGACAAUCGAAACAAAGGAUGGAUCUAAGAAUGAACUGGACGUGCUGAUCUUGGCAACUGGAUUUAAUUGGCUUGCGGGCUACCCUGUCGGGUACUGGACUGGUCGAGGAGGCGUAGACAUUGCAACGAGCUGGGGCCAUAGUCCGACAACUUAUUAUGGCACUUGUGUACCUGAUGCUCCAAACUUUUUCUUGAUUUGGGGACCAAACUCCGGUAUCGCUCACCAUGCAUUAACAAGUAACAUCGAAGUACAAGUCAUGUACGCCAUUCGUGCACUCUCGUACAUGAUGGAAAAAGAUGUGGCAUCGAUAGAAAUUAAAAAGGAAGCGGCUGAAGAGUUUUUGGAGCUUCUGGACCGGAGAAUGGAGCGAAUGAUUUUCACCACUAAGGUGGACCCAAGGUUUAUAAACGAAAAAGGUAAAUGUCGCGGAUUCUGGUUCAGUGGUGUGACGGAAUUUUGGUGGCACAUGAAAGAUCUUCAUCCAGAGCGAUACCAUGUCCUAAGACGUGAAGAGGCUCUCAAGAAUCGACCGCACAUGAACGGGGAGAAACACGAGCUCGAUGGCAAUAAGCACAAAGACAAGGAAGCUUGAGAAAAAGAAAGAAGAGCUACCGAAGAAUUUUACCAGAUCCAUCAUUUUUUUUUUUUUCUUUUUUAAUAAAACUUGUUUUUUUCCAC